CUCACGAUUCCUCUCCUCUUUUUGUUCAACGACAUACCCUUACCACACUUAUUUGUUAUUCCCUUCGCAAUAAUGGUGUCGGCAAGGUCCACCACCACCUUUCUCCUAGUUUUCAUUUUGCUUCCUCUAAGAUUCUCCAGCGCACACACCCAACACCAAGAAGGUAAGAAGACACUGGUGGUAGCAAAACUUGAAACACCAAGAUGUCCAGUGAACGUAGAGCAGAUUUAUCAUGGUGUUCCUGCAGUUGCUGAGACAAAUCAAGGAAUAAGAUUUCUUCCAGGAAGGAAGAUGAUGUCUAGAGGAGUACUCUCGAAGUUGAAUGUGGUAGAGUCCGAGAAUGGAACUAAUAUGGCAAAGGGCUUAACCACCAAAUGGAAAGCGCUUUGUUUGAUUGGAAACUGCAACCGUGAAAAAGGGAAAAGAAUUUUGGGUCUGAAACAUAAAGACAGUAAAAGGAGCAAUGGGCGUUCUACGAGAGUGAAGAUGUCUGGUUUGGUGCCUCUGAAUGCUGAUUAUUAUGUUCCAAGACCUCACCCACCCAAGAAUAACUGAUUCACGUACAAAGUUUUAAGCAUAUAUAUGUAGUUUGCUUUCGCUUGGUUAGUUAGUUUUUACGUACUUCUAACCAUUUCCUUUGUAUUUGUUCAGUUUUGUAGUGCUUACGUACUGUUUAGGAUAGUCACAAAAGAACAGGUAAUUAUACUUGUACGUAAACUGAGACUUUAAACUGUGAACUCAGCUACUGUUCAAAGAGAGUUCUCUACGAUUUGUUUUUUUUAAAGAAGAACUCUACGUACCGUUUAUAUUAAGAUCUCAUUUAAAUGUUAUUAAUAAAAUUCAU